AUGCACUCGGAGCAGCACCUCCAAGCGUUAAAGAACGGCGUGGAGGGCCCUCCUUCGUUUCGUCGUUGUCGCCACCGUUGGCAUUCGUGCGACGCCCACUUGGUUGACCGGACGCGCCUGCAGUUUGGCGAGAUGCACUCGGAGCAGCACCUCCAAGCGUUAAAGAACGGCGUGGAGGGCCCUCCUUCGUUUCGUCGUCGUCGCCACCGUUGGUCCAAUCGGCGUUCGAUCGCGUUGGCGACCCUGCAUCUGCACUUGUGCACUGGGUGGACCUCCUCCAAGCAGGAACCUGAUGAAGACCCUGACUCUGCAAGCCCUAUCUUUGACGCUUUCCUUGAGACCCAAGGAGCAAACGGCAUUCACACUAUGACCAACUUCAGUCCGUCGGAGUUCAACGUACUGUGGGCCGACGUCCGCAUCUACGUCACCAAGCACUGGAACGUCGGCUCAGGACGCAAGUCUGAGGUGUCUGCACGCGAUCUGCUGCUGAUGCUCCUGACGUCAUUGAAGCACUGCGGCUCUUGA